AUGAGCCCAGAGCUGGGUAGGUUGGGCAUCUCAGAUGCGGAGUUCAACUUACUCAGAUCAAGCAUUGAAGACUCCAUGAAAGGUCAAGGCAACCCUUCUCUAGGAGGUCACAUCAUAAAACCCCUGGAACACGCCAAAUGUCUCGGAUCAAACUCGCUUGAGUGUGAAGAUAAGGACAUGAUUUUGUUGUGGACAUUCCUCACCUAUCAGGAAGCACUGGUUCCGGGGGGAUUCUUGUUCUUGGAGGACGUGGUUGAGGAUGCAGUUGAAGAGCCCGGUGCGAUGGCAAGACCUGGCGAGGCACUCGCGUCGGAUGACAACUCUUUGGCCGCAAGGUGCUCCGGCGGCUUCGCCCCUCCACGGCAAUAA